AUGCUGGCGACCAUUCAGUGCUUUGGUUUGGGCUUGAACCUGGUAGAGGCUACAGAUAUGUUCAUCCUGACCCCAAGGUGGAACCCUGCCAUUGAUGCCCAGGCCGCCUCGAGGAUCAACCGGAUCGGUCAGAACCGUCAGGUGACUAUCUGGACGUUUUAUGCACACAACCCAAUUGAGCGCUACGUCGGAAAAGAACGGGAGAGGAAGAAGAAGGCUGUUUUGACAUUGGAUCAGAAGGGGGCGAUCGCCCGAGUGAACAGGAUUAAGCAGAACUCAGAGGUCACUGUAUGGGCAUGUGAGUCGCCAAACUCUAUCGAGGCGUACGUCAUGAAAACCCGAAAGAAGAAGAAGAAGAAGAAGAAGAAGAAGAAGAAGAAGAAGAAGAAGAAGAAGAAGAAGAAGAAGAAGAAGAAGAAGAAGAAGAAGAAGAAGAAGAAGAAGAAGAAGAAGAAGGUCAAGUUGGCGUGGCACCAUAAUAGUGUGAGCAAGCAUCUAAGAAACCAGAUAGCAAAUCUAACAGAGGAGGCGUUCCGCCACAUUCUCACCAAGUUGCGAGUCGAGGGGGCAGCUAGCAACAAGAAGGCAGCAAAGGCGUCACUGCUGGAUGGCGGCGGCUUAGUGGCAGGUCACCGAGGUGAGGGUGCAAGUCGUAGCAAGACGAGUCUUGUAUAG